AUGAACAAGGAGAAUGCCAAAUUGAGGGGGAAUCAACGGAAAUUGACGUUCCAGCGCCGCAAAAAGCCCAUUAAUCCAUUGCGGAUCGACCCAAAUGCGCCUGCAUCGCGAACAAGCACAUUCUUUGGUACAGUGGGGUCACCUAUUAAAAUGGGUCCAACACCUGGGGUAGGACGACGUGCACCCAAACUGUCACCACAACCAGAACCUGUUGAUUCAGAGGCUGCAACUUUAGAUCUUACCCAAAAAGUUGCGUUUCGUGAAGAGUUGCGGCGACAACAAAAGGCAAAGCAACGUGUUGAAAGAGCGAAAGAAAAAGAGAUUCAGCCAGAAGAAGAUGCCGUGGCGACUAUACGUAAUAACAAUGUUCGUGAACAACGUGAUCGUCGCGAUUCGACCGAGUUCUUGGGUGAACACAUGGAGCCAGUUCAACAACUGAAGCUAGAUGGAGCGAAGAAGGCCAAAAUUCCUCAUUUUCUGUCGGCAUGGUUCAAUGCUGGUCACGACACGAAGGCAACUACUGACACGGACAAUAGUGACACCGAGUCAACUAGGACAAAUUUGACCAUUAUAAGUGUCGGUGAUGGAGUUGUCAAGGCAGAACCAAUUGCACAAGAUACAGUGCCAGUUGCCAAACCUCCACCUGCGCCAGUGGAUGCAACAAAAGACAAGACAUUGAAACACCGUGCCACAAAUUACAGUCAAAGUAUUAAUUUUCACGAAAUAACAUUGGGUCGUAUGAUAGGCGAAGGGGCAUUUGGUAAAGUGCACGAGGGAAAGUGGCGUGGUAAAAGUGUGGCAGUCAAAUUGCUAAUUUGCCAAGAUUUGCGUAGUGACAUUUUGAAUGAGUUUCAGUCAGAAGUGGAAAUUAUGAGUGUGUUGCGACACCCAAAUAUUUGCCGACUUUUGGGUGCAUGCAUGGAACCACCUCAUCGUGCACUAGUAGUGGAGCUAUUACAACGUGGAUCACUAUGGGGUGUGUUACGUAUGAAUCGCAAGUCGAUUAACCAGGAAAUGCGCUCACGUUUUAUCUACGACACGGCCAAGGGCAUGUCGUAUCUGCACCAUUUCGAACGACCCAUUUUGCACCGGGAUUUAAAAAGUCCUAAUUUAUUGGUGGAUAAAAACUUUAAUAUCAAAUUAUCCGAUUUUGGACUUGCGCGUGUCAAGGCCCAUGUACAAACGAUGACUGGCAACUGUGGUACUGUUCAGUGGAUGGCACCAGAAGUUUUAGGGAAUCAAAAGUAUACAGAAAAAGCAGAUGUCUUUUCAUUUGGGAUUGUCAUUUGGGAAAUUGUGACAGGAGAGUGCCCAUAUGACGGAAUGAGUCAAAUUCAGGCUGCAUUGGGUGUACUCAAUCGCAAUUUGCGUCCAAAUAUCCCACGCGACUGCCCGCCAUUCUUUUCGCGACUAAUGAAAGCAUGUUGGAAUCGUCAGCCGGAGUUGCGUCCAACAUUUCCGCAUAUUGUCAAUGCGUUUCGUACGUAUCAAAGUUCAAUCUCAGAGUCGCGAGCAACGAGCAGCGCGGCAGCGUCUGCGAAGGCUGCAAUGGCUGCAUCUGUAGCUGCGUCAUAA